CUUCUCCCAGGGCUCCAACACCCCACCCCGGCAGGACUCCUGCAUUUAACCGGUUCGUUCUUGAAGAAGGAUGCGGGACUGGAGCCAAGCGCGGGCGUGGCCGGCGGCGGCUGCUGGAUCUGCCCCUCCCGGUCCGCGUCUCCCCGCGAGGGCGCCUCUCGCCGCACCCACUUCCUCUUUCCUCUAGCUCGGGGCGGCGCGCGGCCCCUCUCGGCGUUCGGUGGUGCGGUUGCUGUGGCGGAGCCCGAGGCCGGGGUGCAGGCCGCCGGCCCCACCUCCCCGAGCUCGCCCCCCGACCCCGCCGCGGUCCCGAGCCUCUGCGCCCCGGCUUGCUCGCGCCGGCCAUGGAGGUGGAGGAGGCCUUCCAGGCGGUGGGCGAGAUGGGCAUCUACCAGAUGUACUUGUGCUUCCUGUUGGCCGUGCUGCUGCAGAUAUAUACAGGUUCAAACUAAGAGAAUAAAACCAUAUAUCAGAGCUGGGCAUGGUAUCUGUAAUCCCAGCACCCAGGAGGCGGACACAGGAGGAUCCUUACAAAUUCAAGACCAGCCUGCUCUACGUGGCCACAGAGGCCAUCCUCAUCGCACUGAUUGGAGCCACACCAUCGUACCACUGGGACUUGGCCGAGCUCCUGCCCAACCAGAGCUACAGCAAUCAGUCAGCAGGCAAAGACAAAGCCUUCGGGGACUGGCUCCUGACAGCCAAUGGCAGCGAGAUCCACAAGCACGUGCAUUUCAGCAGUAGCUUCACCUCCAUCGCCUCUGAGUGGUUUUUAAUUGCCAGUAGAUCUUACAAAGUCAGUGCCGCCAGCUCCUUUUUCUUCAGUGGUGUGUUUGUCGGAGUCAUCUCUUUUGGUCAACUGUCAGAUCGCUUUGGAAGGAAAAAAGUCUAUCUCACAGGUUUUGCUCUUGACAUCUUAUUUGCUAUUGCAAAUGGAUUUUCACCCUCAUAUGAGUUCUUUACAAUAACCCGCUUCUUGGUGGGCAUGAUGAAUGGAGGGAUGUCGCUGGUGGCCUUUGUCCUGCUAAAUGAAUGUGUGGGCACCGCCUACUGGGCUCUUGCAGGAUCCAUUGGUGGCCUCUUCUUUGCAAUUGGCAUCGCCCAAUAUGCCCUGUUAGGAUACUUCAUUCGCUCCUGGAGGACUUUGGCUGUUCUGGUCAAUCUACAGGGAACAAUGGUCUUUCUCUUAUCUUUAUUCAUUCCUGAAUCACCCCGUUGGUUGUACUCCCAGGGUCGACUGAGUGAGGCAGAAGAGGCACUCUACCUCAUUGCCAAGAGGAACCGCAGGCUUAAGUGCACAUUCUCACUCACACAUCCGGCCAACAGGAGCUGCAGGGAGACCGGGAGUGUCUUGGAUCUGUUCCGUUACCGGAUCCUCUUAGGACACACUUUGAUCCUGAUGUUCAUCUGGUUUGUGUGCAGCUUGGUGUAUUAUGGUCUCACUCUGAGUGCAGGUGACCUAGGUGGAAAUAUUUAUGCCAAUCUGGCCCUGUCUGGCCUCAUAGAGAUUCCAUCCUACCCUCUCUGCAUCUACUUGAUUAACCAGAAAUGGUCUGGUCGGAAGCGGACUUUAGCAGCAUUUCUGUGUCUAGGAGGCCUGGCUUGUCUUAUCGUAAUGUUUCUUCCAGAAAAGAAAGACACUGGGGUGUUUGCAGUAGUGAACAGCCGUACCCUGUCCUUGCUGGGGAAGCUGACCAUCAGUGCUGCCUUUAACAUCGUUUACAUCUACACCUCUGAACUCUACCCUACCAUCAUCAGGAACGUUGGGCUUGGAACUUGUUCCAUGUUCUCCCGAGUUGGUGGGAUUAUUGCUCCCUUCGUCCCCUCACUGAAAUAUGUGCAGUGGUCUUUACCCUUCAUUGUGUUUGGGGCCACCGGCCUGACCUCAGGCUUCCUGAGUUUGUUAUUGCCAGAAACUCUGAAUAGCCCAUUGCUGGAGACACUUGCUGACCUUCAGGUGUACUCCUAUCGGAGGCUAGGAGAGGAAGCCCUGUCUUUGCAGACCUUGGAUACACCGCAAGUUGCUGACAAGGAGGGGACUUCAGGGAGUGAGAGUGAGGAGGAGGAAGAGUUUUAUGAUGCAGAUGAAGAGACUCAGAUGAUAAAGUGAGGAGCCCUAGCUCCCUGAUCAAAACCAAAGGACCGUCGUUUAUGCCUCUGACCAAGGCAGGUUCUCCCAUGAGCCUCAGAGAGCUGAGAAAGACAAGUUUGGCUCCAGCGUACACAGGUGGUACUCAGCACGGAAUGAUUUUUGUUAAAGUACAAAGGAAGUUGGAGAAGAUAUUUCAUCAGGAAAAAACAUCUGAAGUUCAGUGCAGAAUCAUGACCUCCAGCGAUAUAGUUCUGGUCCACAUUCCAGGGCAGGAGCCUGAUUUGUGUUCACAAGUUUGAUGACACUGCUUUGCUUUCCUUGUGAUCUAGAAGCAGAUAAGUAAAACUUCUCACUAUUUUAGUGGGAUUAAAUAAACUGUUCUUAAAAUUGUAACUUCAUAUCAUGUGUGACCUCUGUCCACUACCACUUGCUCUUGCUCACCAGGAAAUCUUCAGAUGUAGGUGGAUGUCAGCAUUUAAUUUUGCAUAGAAGAAAGUGUCCUCAGAGACUGUGUGGGUGUCACAAGGCCCUCUGGCUUUUUCUCAGCUGCUAAUAUCAAGUCCUCAGAUUGGUUUCCAUUCUGUUGCUUAGUUUCUUUUCCCUUUGGUUCCAGGAUGGUAGAGAAUGUGUACAUGUUCAUAUGUGCAUUGAUUACAUUAUUGAGUUACUACUAAGAACCAGAACAGUUUACUAGAGGCAGAAGUAGGGCUGUGGCCCGGUAGCUCCCUUUGAUACUUAAAUUAUGUGAUUCCUUUAGUUUUCAAUUAUAAGUACCUCCAGGAAAAUUUCCUUCUGAAAGUCUAAUACAGCAAUAACUUCAAAAUCCUGCACAGUAAACAAUAAAGCUUUAUAAAGGUAGAGAAUGGUUAAAAGCAACAUGUUGAACACUUGGAUGUUAAAAAAAGAUAAGGUUUUUAAUAAGGGGAAUUACCUUUGGCAAUUUUAUGUUUGUUUGUUUGUUUUCAGUAUUGUACAAGAAGGGGCUUGCACAACACUGAAGAACUUGUGCUCUUCCAUAUGGACAUCUUGGUUUGCAUUAUAUACAUUGUACCUUGUUAUUUGUUAAAAUGUGUUUAUGUUCUUUUUUUGCCCUUGAUUUUGUAUUGAACUGUUCAGAAACAGGAGCCAUCUCUGUUACUCAGUUUCUCCUUGCUGUGCCCAAAGUGCUGGUCUAGACCCAGCAAGGACCUGAAAAACAUUACUGUUUUUAACCAUCAAGCAAAUGGUGACACUCCUCCAGUGAUCAUUUUUGCAAAUCGGACCCAUCUAAACUGUGAAAUUCUUAUUUUUCUCUGGAAAAUGGAGAUCUCCCCACCAUUGGAAGAGGAAGACAGGAAGAACUUACAGAGUCACUUAAAAGUGUUCAAUAGUCGAAUAUUUAAAAUAAAAUGAUGAACUAAUAA